GACCUGGAGGAGCAGCUGGACGAGGAGGAAGCCGGCCGGCAGAAGCUGCAGCUGGAGAAAGUGACGGCCGAGGCCAAACUGAAGAAAUAUGAAGAGGACAUUUUGCUCCUAGAAGACCAGAACUCCAAGUUCAUCAAGGAGAAGAAGCUGCUGGACGACCGAAUCAACGAGAUGACCUCGACGCUCGCUGAAGAAGAAGAAAAGGCCAAAAACCUGGGCAAGGUGAAGAACAAGCAGGAGAUGAUGAUGGUCGACCUGGAGGAGCGGCUGAAGAAGGAGGAGAAGACGCGUCAGGAGCUGGAGAAGGCGAAGAGGAAGCUGGACGGCGAGACGACUGACUUUCAGGAUCAGAUCGGCGAGCUGCAGGCUCAGAUCGAAGAGAUCAAAGUUCAGCUGAGCAAGAAGGAAGAAGAGCAGCAGAUGAUGCAGACCAGGUGCGAGGAGGAGGUGAGUCAGAGGAACAACGCUCUGAAGCAGGUGAGGGAGAUGCAGGCUCAGCUGGCCGAGCUGCAGGAGGACCUGGAAUCAGAGAAAGUGUCUCGAAACAAGGCGGAGAAACUGAAGAGGGACCUGAGCGAGGAGCUGGAGGCUUUAAAGACCGAACUGGAGGACACGCUGGAUACCACCGCCGCCCAGCAGGAACUCAGGACGAAGCGUGAACAGGAAGUAGCUGAGCUGAAGAAGACCAUCGACGACGAGUCUAAAAACCACGAGGCUCAGAUCCAGGAGAUCAGACAGAGACACUGCACCGCGCUGGAGGAGCUGUCUGAACAGCUGGAGCAGGCCAAGAGGUUCAAGGCCAACCUGGAAAAGACCAAGCAGAGCCAGGAGAGCACCAACAAGGAGCUGGCCUGCGAGGUGAAGACUCUGCAGCAGACCAAGACCGAGUCCGAGCACAAGAGGAAGAAAUUGGAGUCUCAGCUGCAGGAGUACGUCGCCCGAGUCACCGAGGGAGAGAGGGCGAAGGGCGAGCUGGCUGAGCGGACGCACAAACUGCAGACUGAGCUGGACAACGUGUCGGCCAUGUUGGAAGACGCGGAGAGGAAGGGGAUCAAGAUGGCCAAAGACGUCUCUGGACUGGAGAGUCAGCUGCAGGACACGCAGGAGCUGCUGCAGGAGGAGACGCGUCAGAAACUGAACCUGAGCGGUCGUAUCCGUCAGCUGGAGGAGGAGAAGAACGCUGUGCAGGAGCAGCAGGAGGAGGACGAGGAGGCGCGCAAGAAUCUGGAGAAACAGAUGUUGACGCUUCAGGCUCAGCUCUCAGAGAGUAAGAAGAAGCUGGAGGACGACGUGGGAACAAUCGAGGGUCUGGAGGAGACGAAGAAGAGGCUGCUGAAGGACUUUGAGCUGGCCAGCCAGCGUCUGGAGGAGAAGACCAUCGGCUUUGAGAAGAUGGAGAAGACCAAAACGCGCCUGCAGCAGGAGCUGGAUGACCUCACUGUGGACCUGGAUCACCAGAGACAGAUCGUCUCCAGCCUGGAGAAGAAACAGAAGAAGUUUGACCAGAUGCUGGCGGAGGAGAAGAGCAUCUCAGCUCGUUACGCUGAGGAGCGCGACAGAGCUGAAGCAGAGGCUCGAGAGAAGGAUACCAAAGCUCUGUCCAUGGCCAGAGCUUUGGACGAGGCACUGGAGGCCAAAGAGGAGCUGGAGAGGGUCAACAAGCAGCUCCGAGCCGAAAUGGAAGAUUUGAUGAGCUCAAAGGACGACGUGGGCAAGAAUGUCCACGAGCUGGAGAAGUCCAAGCGAACUCUGGAGCAGCAGCUGGAGGAGAUGAAGACGCAGCUGGAGGAGCUGGAGGACGAGCUGCAGGCCACAGAGGACGCCAAGCUGCGUCUGGAGGUCAACAUGCAGGCCAUGAAGGCUCAGUACGAGAGAGACCUGCAGGGACGAGACGACCAGAGCGACGAGAAGAAGAGAGCGCUCGUCAAACAGGUGCGAGAGAUGGAGGCGGAGCUGGAGGACGAGAGGAAGCAGAGAGCUUUGGCUGUGGCGGCUAAAAAGAAGCUGGAGAUGGAUCUGAAGGACAUCGAGGGUCACAUCGAGGGAGCCAACAAGGCUCGAGACGAAGCCAUCAAACAGCUGCGCAAGCUUCAGGCCCAAAUGAAGGACUACCAGCGGGAGCUAGAAGACGCCCGAGCCUCCAGAGAUGAUAUCUUCGCCUUAUCGAAGGAAAACGAGAAGAAACUGAAGAGUCUGGAGGCCGAGAUCGUUCAGCUGCACGAGGACCUGGCAGCAUCUGAGAGAGGUCGACGUCACGCCGAGCAGGAACGGGAUGAGCUGCAGGAUGAAAUCUCCAACAGCACAUCUGGAAAGUCGGCUCUGAUGGACGAGAAGAGGAGGCUGGAGGCUCGUAUCGCUCAGCUGGAGGAGGAGCUGGAGGAGGAGCAGGGCAACAUGGAGCUGCUCAACGACCGCUUCAGAAAGACGACCAUGCAGGUGGACACUCUGAGCACGGAGCUGAGUGCAGAGCGCAGCACGGCACAGAAAAGUGAAAACGCCCGUCAGCAGCUCGAGCGUCAGAAUAAGGAGCUUCGGGCCAAACUGGGCGAGCUGGAGGGGUCUGUGAAGAGCAGGUUCAAGGCCUCCAUCACCGCGCUGGAGGCCAAGAUCGCACAGCUGGAGGAGCAGCUGGAGCAGGAGGCCAAGGAGCGAGCUGCAGCCAACAAGAUCGUGAGGAGGACCGAGAAGAAGCUGAAAGAAAUCUGCAUGCAAGUGGAGGAUGAGCGUCGCCAUGCCGACCAGUUUAAAGAACAAGUCGAAAAGGGGAACUCUCGCAUGAAGCAGCUGAAGCGGCAGCUGGAGGAGGCUGAGGAGGAGGCGACGAGGUCGAACGCCUCCCGCAGGAAGCUUCAGAGAGAGCUGGACGACGCCACCGAGGCCAGUGAGGGUCUGAGCCGAGAGGUGCACACGCUCAAGAACCGCCUCAGGCGUGGUGGCCUCAGCUUCUCCUCCAGCCGCUCGGGCAGACGUCAGCUGCAGGUGGAGGGCACGUCUUUGGACCUCCUCUCUGACGACGAGCUGGAAAACAAGAUCACAGACAACAACGCUAACGAGACUCCAGCUACUCCCCAACCCCAGCAGCAGGAAUAGACGAGGAAAUAACGCCUUAACCUUCAAUCUCCCAGAUCACAAAAUAAAACAAUCAGCCACCUCCUCCCAGCUGCUCUAAUCAUACUCAUACGGCGGCCAUUUUUAUCUGACAUCAAGCUCAGAGUGGGAACAUAGAAUUCUGUUUGAAGUCUGUCGUAUAAAUAUCAACAUUCAGAUGAAGUGAUAGUAGAUACCAGCUUUGAAAUGAUGUCUCAUGGGGCGCUGGUAGCCUAGUGGUUAGUGCGCGCGCCCCACGUAUGAACGCUGUAGUCCUCACAGUGGGCGGACGGGUUCAAAUCCGACCUGUGGCUCCUUUCCCGCAUGUCAAUCCCCACUCACUCUCUCUCUCUCAGACUCUAUCCACUGUCCUGUCUCUGAAAUAAAGCCCCAAAAUAAACUUUUAAAAUAAUGUCUCAUGUUAGCAAUUAACAGCUUUCUAUGAGCUGUGAAGGGGCUAAAUGCUAACACUACCAUAUAAGGAUGUAACAAUCCACUCAACUCACGCUAUGAAUCACAAUACUGGGUCCCCGAUAUGAUUUCAUCCUAUCUAAUUAGAAUUUUUCAUAUUUUUACGCCUCUCUUCCUCGGCUAAUUAUGUUGAAACAACAGAGGCCAAAAGCAGAUAGCACCCUCUGCUGGUUCAAAUAGAGUAUUGCAAUAUAUGUUUUUUGUCUAGUCGAUUUAAAUCGUCCUUUAUUUGUAUUGAUUUUUAUAUUAAUAUUAUCACAAGCUACCUGUAUGUCCCUGUUACCAUAUGAUCACAGGCAUAAAUACAGUCUGGAUAUUAUGAGAAUUUGUCCGAUGUAUAUACGACCUAAUCACCUGGAAGACGUUUAUCAUUUUAUCAUCCUUUAAGGUUUCCAUCCUGAGCUUCAAUCAGACGUAACUAUGGCCACCGUGUGAAUAUGUUGUCCUGCUAGCCCAUGUUAAUGGGAUCUCUCCAAGCACAUGCAGCAUGAUCAAAACAGGAUUCAUCUAUAAAUCCUGACGUUGUAUCUCAGCCCUGACACCAGCAGACGGACCCCGCCCCCCCCAAACGCUCAGCCCUCUUACGAAGCACUUCUCUGCCUUAUACCCCUCGUUAUCGAGCUGCAGAAAAGACGUGCUUUAUCGUAACCUGCACAGAACCUGCACCUGAAGAAACAAAGCACGUUAACAUGAAACAUGUCGACCUUCUGAUCGGGUCGUGCUCGUAGCUCAACGGGUGUUUUUGGAUGAUGGUUAUAUUUUGUUGGACCAGAUUUUUAAAAAGCUCUUUGAAACGCUUCCGAAUGCUAAAAGUUCAGCAUUGCAAUAUUUAAAGCGAAGGAGCCACCUGACGUUAUCUCUUCAUGGAUCUACAGUUAUGUCCAUCAUAUAAACCAGUUUAGUUAUCUUAGCUGACAUGUAACUUGAUAGUAUUUUUUAAACCCACAUGCUCUGAUUGUCUGCUUGCGUAUGAAAAUAGAAAUGUGACUUUAAGCUGCCUCUUUGCCUCGCGAUGCUUUUCUGAAGGUUUUAACCAUAUUCAUGAAGCGGCCAUUUUCCUCUGAUGUCACUCUCCGGGAUGGAAGCUCAAACGCUUCAUUUCAGCUACUGUCUCUUUAAGGCCCUCCUCCCCAUGUGCCAACUUUCCUCUGAUUGGCCGGCUCCCUGGAAGCCUUCAGAAGGGCAGAACGCUGCAGGGCUGCCAGGGGAGUGCUGAGAGAAGAAAACCUAUGUAAGAGGUUUCACCGGCUUACAUAGAGGCUUGAAGCCAUCUCGAGAAAUUCUUGGUUUCAUAUCGGGGAACUGUUUAAAACCCGCCUCAGCUCCAGCUCUCAGCCUGUCGUUAGGUUGACUGAAAGUUAGACUGAGACAGCAUUUCCAGCAUGGAGACCGCCAUCGAUGGGACUCCAGCGCCCCCUGCAGGAACAGACGGGGGACGCCACUCAGGCUUCAAACGUUAAUAUUUACAGUCUGUGGGAUCAAAUGAGUUAACAGCGGUAAAGGAUAAAUAGCUGACAAUCUUCCCACACUGAGCAUGACAUCAGAGGAAAAUGGCUGCCGUGUGAGCAGUGAAUUGGUUCUAUAUAUCUGACAAUAGGUCGGUGUCGACUUGUAAUUAUUCGUUGUGAAAGCAGCGAUCCGAGCAUGUUCCUCUGCUUCCUUCUUCUUCUGUGCCUUUUUCCACUCAUGUGAAACUGAAACCCCAUGUACGCCACUCACAUACUGAACGAAGCGUCAUUUCAUGAAGGUAUUUUCAUAGUUUUUUGCAUUUUAUCACGAGAUGUUUGUGGGGUUUCCUGUGAUUUGUAUGUGCUGCUGCAGCAGUGGUUGAAAUGUCGAGCCGUGCAGGAGUGUUUGUAGUCGGGUGCGAUGACUUUUCUUAUCGAUAACUUUUAUACUUUUUGAGUUAUUAAGAUUUAAAAAACAAUCCAAUAGACAGCGACUGUAUUUAUAUCUCUGCUACUGUAUUCAGUACAAAAGUCCAUUCAUAUUUCAAGAUGCCCAGAACUCCACGUUGACCAGCUGUACCAACGCUCUCCAUCAUGACAUGUACAGUUCAUGAGUUAUUAGGAGCUAUAAUGCAUUAAAGUCUAUUGAGCCCAAUUCACUCA